AUGACGGAAACUCAAACGGUCUUGGCAUCACGGCAGUCCGGGCGGAGCUCUGAGAGCUCACUCGAUGCUAUUGCGACCGAGAAACAAAAUUUGGCCCUGCAUAGCGUGCCAUCGACUCGGCCUGACUUGCAUAACUCAGCAUCUCCUAAGCGGUGGAAAACCUUUUGGACCGCUUUCCGGUAUCUGCAACAUCUAACCCCAAAGCAGGUUGAUGACUUCAUGGCAUCAUAUGUCAUCUAUAACCUUGACUGGUCCAAUGAGAAACAGAUGGUUGUUGAAUUAGGUCCCAAUUAUCAAGAAAAAGUUGGCGAUUGCCUCAAGGCGUACUAUGGGGUGCUUAAUCAUCUCUGCGCGCUGGGCGACGUCGAGAAGAUGUAUAUUCCACCUUUCAUGAGCAAGAAAGCGACGGUCCUGGAAAACCAAUUGCUGUAUGAAGAGUCGAUUGCCGAACACAUUGACCUCAAGGCGGGAGAUAAAGUAUUAGAUCUGGGAUGCGGCCGUGGUCGCGUCGCUGCGCAUAUGACCCAGUACGCGGGCGCAUAUGUGACUGGGUUAAACAUCGACCCAAAUCAGAUCGCCCAAGCUCGUUCCUACAACGAGAAGCUCGGUUUCAAGGACAACAGCUUUGUCGUCCAGGAUUUCAACAGUCUCCCCCUCCCAUUUGAAGACGAAAGCUUCGAUGCGUUCUACCAGAUCCAGGCUCUUAGUCUGUGCAAGGAUCUGCCCGCCCUUUUUCGCGAGAUCUUCCGUGUCGUCAAGCCGGGCGCAAAGAUCUCGCUACUCGACUGGGUCAGCCUGCCAGACUAUGAUCCCUCGAAUCCAGAGCAUGUCCAGCUCAUGCGCCGUGUCAAGCCGCUCAUCGGAGCCGUGGGCACACCUACUCCUAAGUCACUAGAGAAGGCACUCACGGAUGCAGGAUUCACGGUAACUCGCUCAGACAACGCUAGUGUCGGCGGAUUGCAGGCCCCGUUGAUCGCAAAGGUUGACUUCUACUUCCGAUCCAUGCGACAGAUGAUUUUGGGCCUGGUCAAGACUCACGUGCUCCCCAAACAUUUCAAGACAUUGAUCAACCGUCUUUGUCUAGACGGAGAAGCGUUCGUCAAGAUGGACUCUAUGCGACUAGUGACCACGAGUUAUCGUAUCAUUGCACAGAAGCCCCUCAAAUGA